UCACUGGAAGCUCAAGGCACGGAUCUUGCUGAUGCCGUAGCUGGUAUUUUGCUCAAAAACUACCAAGACCCGUUUGCUCCAGCACUGCUGUCCCAGGCCUUCGUUUCCGGUAAGAACUCGCGAAUCAAGCAAGACGACCUGCUGAACUCCAUAAUAUGCGCUUUGGACGGAAGAUCGCCAUCCGCUUCAAUGUCCCUUCGAAAUCCACUGCGUAGACCGUGGACGCACCACGUUUGGCUCGUUGACAGCUACGAGGCCUUCGGAAGCUUGUACCAUGCACUGGACGUCGACAGUUACGACUACUCUGGCCGGUACCUACUCGUGCAUAGUGGCAAUCCGAAGCGGGCAGAGCUCCUGCAGAUUUUCAAAGAUCUGCUGAAACAGCAAAUUGUCAACGUAGUCUUUGUUGGAGUGUUUGAGGGCGAGGUCGAGCUGUGGACGUACGUUCCGUUUGCUCCUGGGAGUUGUUUUGCUGUAAAUCUCAUUAUGCUGCCGGACGAGCACUGGAUCGAUGACUUUUAUCCGGACAAGACUUCAACGUUGCACGGAUGUGGCUUAAAGGUAGGUGCUUUCGAGACUAGACCGUACACCUUUCUGGAAUAUCUUCCGAGUCAGGAGAUGGUUCUGGGAGGAUUCGAGGGUGACUUGCUGAAAGCGUUACGACAAAAGCUGAACUUCAAGGUUACCGUGCUUGUCCCGCCGGGGAACGCCCAAUGGGGAUACGCAUUCAAGAAGAAUAGUACUGGGUUGAUAAAGAUGAUCCAGGAGGAGGAGGUCGACUUUGGGAUAGCUUGUCUUGGAGUAUCCACGGCACGAAACGAGAUUCUGAAGCCGGGAGAUGUGCAUUACACGACGGCUUUGGUCAUUUCGGUACCUCCCGGUCGCCCGUAUACUUCGUUUGAGAAGCUUUUUCGUCCGUUUCGAUUGGUAGUAUGGAUGGCCCUUGCUUCGAUUCUAGUCGUUGCUCUGAUUACGAUAGCUGUCGUGCACCGGAUGAGUCAUCAGGUAAAAUACUUCGUCUUUGGUCGAGGCGUUGGAUCAGCUGUCGUCAACCUGUACUUAAGUUUCUUCGGGAUGGUUUUGCACGUAGUUCCAAGUGGAACGUUCGCCCGAACUUUACUGUGUCUAUGGAUUCUGCACACAUUCAUUAUGAGAACAUUGUACCAGGGUUCCAGCUUCAAGUAUCUACAGCUUAGCUUGACACGACCACCGUCACGAACACUGAACGAUGUCGACGCAACUGAUGCCCUCUACCACGUGAUUGACGUUGGUGCCCGCUACUAUGAAGCGUUUCCGGAACGAACGAAAAGACUAAGAUUCUUACCACCGGUGAAGGACAACCUAGCGGCCCGUUUGAUGUGGAUGACACAACACCAGGACAGUCCGGACGUAAUGAUGAGCGGCCUCGAUCACGUGGCGUACCACAAUCGUCAGUACCGUAGACGUCCCGGCGGUUUCGUGCGCAUUGCCAAGGAAAGUAUCGCUGUGUUUACGAUCACCAUCUACUACCCGAAAAAGUCAACGUUGACGCGGCAGUUUAAUCGGCAGAUUCGGAGGUUUCUGGCGGCCGGGCUGAUGGACUACUGGGUACAACGUUACGGUGACUACGACUUUACGGAACAGAUCGAUGGAUCAGCUGGACCGAAACCGCUUAGCCUUGGCCAUCUGGUGGGGACGUUUGAGCUGUGCGGGGUUAUGAUGAUAGUUAGUAUUCUUGUGUUUUUGGGGGAGUUGGCUUCGGUUAAGCGUUUAAGCUGGCAGAAGUGGCUUUAG